GCAAGGGGAAACACCGCUGCUUCUUGGCUUCUGCUGCCCAUGCUUGUCCCUCCCUUUUCUGCUGGUGCUGCUCUCCGGCCACAGGCACCUCCUGGGUCCACCGAGGGAAUGAGCUGGGGGUUCAGCAAUUCCUCAGCGAGGCCAGCAGUCCUGGGUUGUGCCUCUGGUUGGGUUUUGGUACAUACCUGGUGUGCUGGAGCCUGCUCCCUGCCUCCUGCUUCAACCCCCUCAAUAAAUAGCAGCUGAGCAGGUGGAAGAAGGAGCGCAGGAAUGUUUUGCUGCCUAAUCCACACCAACACCUUGGCUUCACCGCAGGUUGCCCGUUCAAAUGGCCUUGCCCAGGGAACCCUGCCUGCUCUGCAGCCGUCCCAGGCAGCAUGCUUCGCUUGAGCCUGGGGAGCUGUGAGGCAGUGGCCUUCAAGUAGGUGGUUUUUGAAAUUAAAAGUACUUGAACAGGGAAGCAGCCCUGGAAACAAUCUGCUUGAAGCUGGGAGGCAGCACUUUAUUAGAAAAUCAAACAGCCCUUAAGACUGGAAGAGAGGCAUUUGACAGCAUCCAUGGUUUAGCCUUGCUUCAUUCAGAAGUAAAUUUGCCAUUGCUGGGCAAGGCUAACCCUCUCUCCUAAGGCUGACAACACUGGCUUCCUAAAGCUGAGUUUGGCUUUCCCUGGGGUAAGCUGUUUUCAGAGCGCAUCAGCAUGCAGAAGAUCAUCGGAGCAGGUCAGGCUUGUGCUGAAAUACCCCCGUGUUUGUCAGCAGUCAGCUCCCACCCAGAGGUGAAGUGGAAAGGGAAGGACCUGUUUGAUCUAGUAUGCAGGACACUAGGACUCCGAGAAACCUGGUUCUUCGGGCUUCAAUACACUAUCAAGGAUACGGUGGCUUGGCUCAAAAUGGACAAGAAGGUUCUGGAUCAUGAUGUUCCAACAGAGGAGCCCGUCACCUUUCACUUCCUGGCCAAAUUUUAUCCUGAGAAUGCAGAGGAGGAACUGGUUCAGGAAAUCACACAGCACUUGUUCUUCCUGCAGGUGAAGAAGCAGAUUUUGGAUGAGAAGAUCUACUGUCCUCCUGAAGCUUCGGUCCUGCUGGCCUCUUAUGCCGUCCAAGCCAAGUAUGGUGAUUACGAUCCCAACGUCCACAAGCGAGGCUUCUUGGCGCAAGAGGAGUUGCUUCCAAAGCGGGUAAUAAACCUGUACCAGAUGACUCCAGAGAUGUGGGAGGAAAGGAUAACAGCCUGGUAUGCAGAGCACCGAGGCAGAGCAAGAGAUGAAGCUGAAAUGGAGUAUUUGAAGAUAGCUCAGGACUUGGAGAUGUACGGAGUGAACUAUUUUGCGAUUAGGAAUAAAAAGGGCACUGAACUGCUCCUUGGAGUUGAUGCCUUGGGUCUUCACAUUUAUGACCCAGACAACAGGUUGACCCCUAAAAUCUCCUUUCCGUGGAACGAGAUCCGGAAUAUCUCAUACAGCGAUAAAGAGUUUACAAUUAAGCCAUUGGACAAAAAGAUUGAUGUUUUUAAAUUCAAUUCAUCAAAGCUGCGUGUGAAUAAGCUGAUUCUUCAGCUGUGUAUUGGAAACCAUGACCUCUUCAUGAGGAGGAGAAAGGCAGACUCGUUGGAGGUCCAGCAGAUGAAAGCGCAGGCCAGGGAGGAGAAAGCCAGGAAGCAGAUGGAACGGCAGCGCCUGGCCCGAGAGAAGCAAAUGAGAGAAGAGGCUGAGAGGACAAGGGAUGAGCUGGAGAGAAGAUUGAUGCAGUUAAAGGAAGAGGCAACGAUGGCCAACGAGGCUCUGAUGAGGUCUGAAGAGACAGCGGACUUGCUGGCUGAGAAGGCUCAGAUCACGGAGGAAGAGGCCAAGCUCCUGGCUCAGAAAGCGGCUGAGGCUGAACAGGAGAUGCAGCGAAUAAAAGCCACGGCCAUCCGGACGGAGGAGGAAAAGCGACUGAUGGAACAGAAGGUGCUAGAGGCAGAGAUGUUGGCACUGAAAAUGGCGGAGGAGUCGGAAAGGAGGGCGAAGGAGGCUGAUCAGCUAAAGCAAGACCUUCAGGAGGCUCGCGAGUCUGAGCGGAGAGCAAAGCAGAAGCUUUUGGAGAUCACCAGCAAGUCGUCCUACACACAGUCCAUGAACUCAAGUACGACAGCAUUGCCUACCGACCUGCCAAGCUUCAACCUCAUCAGUGAGAGCCUGUCCUUUGACUUCAAAGACACAGACAUGAAGAGGCUUUCGAUGGAAAUCGAGAAAGAGAAGGUAGAGUACAUGGAGAAAAGCAAGCACCUGCAGGAGCAGCUGAAUGAGCUGAAGACAGAAAUUGAGGCGCUGAAGCUAAAGGAGAGAGAGACAGCUCUGGAUAUAUUGCACAACGAGAAUGCCAGCCGAGGCAACAGCAAGCACAACACUAUUAAAAAGCUCACCCUACAGAGCACCAAGUCCCGCGUCGCCUUCUUCGAGGAGCUCUAGGAAGCCACCGGCUGGUCCCCACC